CCCUUCAGCCCCCACCCUGCUCCACCACCAUGACGGAACACCUAGACUCCUUCAUCAAGGACUUCCUGGUGGGAGGCAUCGUGGCUGCAGUCUCCAAGACGUCCGUGGCCCCGAUCGAGCGGAUCAAGCUGCUGCUGCAGGUGCAGCAGGCCAGCCAGCAGAUCGCGUUGGACCGGCAGUACAAGGGGAUGGUGGACUGCCUGCGGCGCAUCCCCCGGGAGCAGGGCGUGCUGUCCUUCUGGCGGGGCAACCUGGCCAACGUCAUCUACUACUUCCCCACGCAGGCCCUCAACUUCUCCUUCAACGAGAGGUACCGGCGGGUGUUCCUGCGCGGCGUGGACAGCCACACGCGGUUCUGGAGGUACGUGGCCGGCAACGUGGCGGCGGGCGGGGCGGCGGGGGUCACCGCCCUCAGCAUCGUCUACCCGCUGGACUUUGCCAGGACCCGCCUGGCUGCCGACGUGGGCAAAUCCGAAGCCGAUCGGGAGUUCCGAGGCCUCGGGCACUGCCUGGUGAAGAUCUGCAGGUCCGAUGGCGUCCGGGGCCUGUACCAGGGCUACACCAUCUCCGCGCAGAGCAUCAUCCUCUACCGGUCCACCUACUUCGGCGUCUACAACACGGCCAAGGGCCUGAUCCCCGAGCUCAUGGACCAGCACUUUAUGGUCAGCUGGCUGAUCGCCCAGCUGGGGACAGCCAUGGCCGGCUUCUUCUCCUACCCCUUCGACACGGUCAGGCGGCGGAUGAUGAUGCAGUCGGGGCGCAGAGGGGCCGAAGUCAUGUACCGGGGGAUCAUUCACUGCGGGAAGCGGAUCCUCAGAGAGGAGGGGUUCAGAGCCUUCUACAAGGGCGCCUGGUGCAACCUGCUUCGGGGCAUUGGCAGCGGCUUCGUCCUGGUCCUUUUUGACGAGGUGAAGAAGGUCAUCUAGGCGCGUCCUUCCCCUG